AAAGUGUAAUUGUAAGUUUCUAAAAAUACUACUCUGUUGCAAAGCUGCAUGAAAUCAGUCAUCACCAAUUGCCAACAGCUUAAUCUCCUUCUGCAAUUGCGCGAAGAUCACAUCCCAUGGUUUAGCCUGUUCUCCAAAUACACGUCUACAACGUUCUUUCCAAACCAAACUGUAUUCAGCACCAGACAACACUAGUAACAAGUCCUUCUUUACCUUUUUCGCCAGUAUACACAGCUCCUGCAACAGCUGCUCCUAAUAUGUUUUCCAGCUACGAAAGAGAUAUCCAAACACUUCUGCAAAUAGACUACCAUCAUACCACAUUCACAAAACAAAUGAUAUCUACUUUCCUCGUCCCUAGCACACAUCACACACGCUGCAUAUGAAAAUUUUCCCCAAGCUUUAAGCUUAUCCCUCGUUACAAUACGAUUCAGAAUGAUCAGCCACACUAUGACCCUGUUUCUUGGAAGAGUGAACCUGCCCCAAAUAAGUUGCCACCAGGGAACUGAUGGUUUGUGAACUCUAAUCGAUUCCCAGACCUGCUGCACUGAAAAAUUUCUCAUAACCUUGCCUUCCCAAAGUACAUUCUUUUGGUUGUCAACCAUCAUCCUAUAUUGGAACCAUCCUCUUAGCUUUAGCAACUGUCGCCAAAGCCAAGAGUCUGUCAUAGUAGGCUUUAGCUCCCAAAUAGAUCGAGCUUUGAGCCUGUAGCGCCUUAUCCACGCCACCCAAAAACUCCACCCCCUGCAGAAACAACAGACAUAGGAGACAAGCGAUACAAGCCACGUUCCAAGUACGAAGGUCCCUUAAUCCCAAACCUCCCUCUUUCUUUGGCACAACUAGUAGAUCCCAGUCAACUUUUGUUUUCCCCGUGCAUUCUCCAAACCAUAAGAAGUCUGAGCAGAUCUUUUGAAUAAGCUCAAUGACCUUCUUACGCAGAACAAAAAUGGUCAUCCAAUACUGGCAGAGAGAGUACAAGCCAGAGGAAACAAGUUGGAGUCGUCCUGCAUAUGACAAUUUACCAGCUCUCCAACCUCUGAUCCGACUAGUCAACCGAUCUACCAAGACUUCACAUUCCCUGCUAGUGAAAUUGCCAGACACCAAAGGUAACCCCAGAUAUCUAACAACUUUAAUUUGGUGGACCGACCAAACUAUUUAUUUUGUUCGCCGUGAUCUACCUAAUCUAGACGACUGAGUUCUGAUCUUCUUUGGAUAGCAUAUAGUAUUCUCUCUAAACUAGUGAUGACAAUUUGAACCCGUCUCGCUGGAUAUUACCUGACCUGGUCAUAAGGAGAAUGAAUAUAACUUGGGUUACUCAUCGAAUUUGCUGCUUGUGGUACUAGGCCAAGCCCAAAGGCCAAUACCCUUGUGGCCUGGUUAGAUGUAAGAUAAAAAAAAAAUAUAUAGCAAGUUAAGUUAUCAAAUGAAAAAGCGCAAGUGUAGGAGUCAUUUGUGUAAGAACGCAUUUGUGUUGGUCGUUAGUUACGGCUGAAGACCUGUUCUCCCAUUUUCCCCCCUUCAUUUCCCCACAGCCCCACCAAAAAAGCAGCUAGCUUGUGCCCAUAUCCCCACCCCUCUCUUUCUACCAAUCUACUUGUUCUUGUUUGACAAUCUCGUAUCUUUUGCCAAUUUGCUCAUUACUUGAUAGAUAACCAAGCGCCUCCUUCAUCAAUAAUCAAUCAUGGAUGAAGAGUACGAUGUGAUCGUUCUUGGGACUGGUCUUAAGGAAUGCAUCCUCAGCGGCCUUCUCUCUGUUAAUGGCCUAAAGGUUUUGCACAUGGAUCGAAAUGAUUAUUACGGGGGUGCUUCGACUUCACUUAACCUUAACCAGCUUUGGAAGCGAUUCAGAGAAAACGACACGCCUCCAGAGAGCCUGGGAGCAAGCAAGGAGUACAACGUUGAUAUGGUACCUAAGUUCAUUAUUGCCAACGGCAAUUUGGUUCGAGUUUUGAUCCAUACAGGUGUUACCAAGUACCUGAACUUCAAAGCUGUUGAUGGCAGCUACGUGUACAAUAAGAACAAGAUCCACAAAGUUCCAGCAAACGAUGUGGAGGCGCUGAAAUCGCCAUUGAUGGGGCUUUUCGAGAAGCGUCGAGCUCGAAAGUUCUUCAUCUAUGUCCAGGAUUACGAGGACAGCGAUCCUAAAUCCCACGAGGGUCUGGAUCUGACCAAAGUUACUGCCAGAGAAAUUAUCUCAAAAUAUGGGUUGGAAGAUGAUACAAUCGACUUCAUUGGGCAUGCAUUGGCGCUCUAUCACGAUGACAGCUACUUGGACCAACCCGCUCUUAAUUUUGUAAAGAGAAUAAAGCUUUAUGCGGAAUCUUUGGCACGUUUUCAAGGAGGGUCGCCCUACAUCUACCCACUCUACGGAUUAGGCGAGCUGCCUCAGGCAUUUGCACGCUUAAGUGCAGUUUAUGGUGGGACGUAUAUGCUUAACAAGCCAGACUGCAAGGUGGAGUUUGAUGAAAGCGGGAAAGCAAUUGGAGUCACUUCCGAGGGAGAGACUGCCAAAUGCAAGAAAGUUGUGUGUGACCCUUCUUAUCUCUCUGAUAAGGUUAAAAAGGUUGGCAGAGUUGCUCGUGCUAUAUGCAUAAUGAGUCAUCCCAUCCCAAACACACAUGACUCUCAUUCUGUCCAGCUUAUCCUUCCUCAGAAGCAACUUGGUCGUAAAUCAGAUAUGUAUCUGUUUUGUUGCUCUUAUGCACACAACGUGGCAGCAAAAGGGAAGUACAUUGCCUCAGUUUCAACUGAGGCAGAGACUGAUAAUCCUGAGGCGGAAUUGAAGCCGGGCGUCGACCUUCUUGGGCCUUUAGAUGAGAUCUUCUACGACAGCUACGAUAGAUAUGUCCCUACAAACAGCACUGAAGAGGAUAAUUGCUUCGUAUCCACUAGUUACGAUGCAACCUCACACUUUGAGACGACAGUAGACGAUGUGAUUGAGAUGUACAGUAAGAUCACUGGAAAGGAGCUCGAUCUGUCCGUCGACUUGAAUGAUGCAAGUGCUGCCGGUGAUGAGUAAAACUUAUAAACAUAAUUUUUCCUAAUAUCUAUUUUGCCCUUUUUUAAAAAAGAAAUUUUCAUUUCCAUUGGGCAGAAAAAUGUGGAUUCUCUGGGGUUUUUUUUGUUGAACAUUCUCUGGUUUUGGUUGAGUGAGAGACUAUUUUAUUAUUCAAUAUAUUGCUCUACUAAUGUAGUUUUUUCUAAUCAACUUUGGAUACAUAUAAUUGUUCAAUACUUCAAUUCAAAGAAUUAUGAUAUUUUUUUUCCUUACCGUUGUUACGUUGAUUGUUGACUUCAAGAUCUUUCAGUUAGUGAGCAUAUAAUUUAGUCUUUAAGAAUUGGGUUAGCUCAUGGAUGCCAUUGUCAAUUUCCUAAACCAACGUCCAAUACUAUCCAUCUAUAAGUUGAAAACAUUCAGCAUACUCAAAGAUGAGAUGAUAUUCAACUUACAAAGGGCGAUAAUUAUCAUGUGUCUCUAAACUUGCCAUAUUAAUUCAUGUUUACCAUUAAACUGAUUUUUAAUUCAAUUAAACCACUAAACUUACUUUAAAAGC